GAACUCUUUUUUCGAAAUCUGACUUAAAAAAAAGAAUUUUUUCGAAAUCUGACUAAAAAGAAACGAAAACAAAAAAAAUAUGGCCCAGAUACGUCAUUUGACAUAUAAACACAAAAGUAAACAAGGCCUCGUAUCGUGUAUUACUUCAUAUUUGCUUGCGAAUCAUGACUCCGCAUAUUCCUUCCAAUCUUAUCACAACAUAGCAUGAACAGCGAAACACAUAAUACCAGUUAUCAUCCCGUCCGGUGUCGUUUUGGACUAUCAAAUUGUCAUCUUUAUAUUAAAUGGCAAUAUAUUUAUAGUAAAUGUUAAACAGAUAUGUCGUUUUCUGGAAAAAAAUUCAGAAGAACUGGUGGUUCAAAUUUAGACGAUUUUUUAAAAGAAUCAAAUGCUCCUGAACAGUACAAGAAGAUGUUGUGCUGGAACGCGCCUACGUGGUGCUACACGAUGUUGGACGCGCAGACCUUACAGUUGGAGGUCCGGGCGGAAAAUUUAUGCAUGAACCAGACAUUCACGCUGGGAUCGGAGCAGGAGGUCGUGAGAGUUGACGGUGCUAAAACAUACAUGACAUUCACUUUGGAAGGAGACAACGUGCUGAAACAGAGAAUCAGAAGGCCGAACGGUACAAUUGCAAACUUCAAAAGGGAAUUCCAGGAACGAUCAGCUGUAAUGACAAUCACCAUGGAGGGGGCGGACGUUAGGAAAGCACACGUGUUCUACGAGGUGGUCGACUGAAUAACUACUUAAAUAGCUUUAAUUAUUUAUUAAUAUGAAAAGUAUUACUUGCUAAUAUUUUUUUAAAUACCUACCAGGGACUCAUUUCUCGAACGGUAUUAUCUAAUGUUAUUAGUCUGUUGCCAUGGUAACCCAUACGACUUGACGGUUGGUGGACAAAUAAUAUUAGUCUAAUAUCGUUUGGGAAAUGGGCUCCUAUUGAAAACUAAUAGGUUCGAAUAAAAAUAAAUAAGGUAUAUAAAUAAAAAAUAAGAUCUCAACUUA